CUUUUCACGCCGCGGCCAUUUUAGUACACUUUUCGUCGUGUUUUGACUAGGUGGAAGCUCUUCAUAUCGCCAUUUAUGUACUUCAAGGUAAGUGCAUUUUAAAUAUAUUUGAUAAAGACGUGGAAAUGAUGUCGAGAUAACCACUCUGUAAAUAUUGAACGCGGAUGAAAAUCGCUGAUAUUUAGUGUACACAAUCCUGUGACGAGCUCUAGCUGUGCAAAUAUUUAUUGAAACCACAUUUUAUUUUGACAGUUGUGUCCUGAGAGGGUAGACUAGUCACGAGUAUGAACUAAAUACUGACUUAAAAUUUCAUUUUGGCAUUGCAAAACUACGUGAAUGCGUGAGUUUGAGAACCAAUAUGACAUCGAACAGAACACAUCGAAAUCCGCUGUGACGUGACCAGUGACAAAUCUGUCUACCUCAACCACAUCCGUUUCUAUUUUCAAACGUCAAAUUAUAAUCUGCUUAGUCCACUAAAUGGACCUAAUUGUUCACCGACUCAUUCUUUAUAUCUUGAACAAUUCGAUUUUGUUUCUUUCUCGCUAACAGAUCAUCGUAAAGAGCCUGCAAAUCGUAUCUGACUGUAGAGGUCGAAUUGUCAUGAAAAGUCAAAUAUCAAAUCUAUAUUACAAAAACAUUCGACUUCCCUUUUCGAUAUCUAAACCAAGGUCAUGUAUAUCGGUUUUAUCGCAUAUUCGAGCUAUAAUUCUAAAUCAAGUUAUAAAUCUAUCGCUUUCUUGAUUAUUUUAUUUGCGUUUGUCUCAAAAUGUUAAAAUGUUUCGAGCACUUUAUGCUCAGCCAUCAGCCUUAUUUGAUCAACCCCCGUCGAUUUUGUUUACAUUGUAAAUUAUCGUUUCGUUUCGUGUCAGCAAUGAUGAAUUGAAGCAAGCCAGCCAUUGUUCGACAUUUUCUUAAAGUUAUGUAGUCAUCUUCGAUACAAAUUAGCUGUCUCUGACAUUUCACAAAGAUUCAUUUUUGAAACCGAAAAUGUUUAAUUGUUUACGAUUAUUUUACAUGCUGUUGUGGAUUGUGAACGUAAACUGCUGGUUGCAUGCGGAAAGGCCGGCGUUGAUCCCGGUUUCCAUAGAAUAACAAGAUUACUGAGGAUGUGCCAAUCCCUUUAGAUAAGGAGCUUAUUCAAUCCAGUACACUCUUUCCCCGCUUCUCUAUCAUAAUGUCUCGGGAAGACUUAGGCAGCACUAGUGGUUGGAGAGAGGUAUUCUGAGAGGAAAGUGUAUUGCCCAAGAGCUCUUACUAAAAUUUCUAGCUUUUCUCUAAUAAAUCACCAGCAAAACUGCCAGAAUAUAACAGCAAAAAAGAAAUCAUAGUGAAAUAAUCACAAACAAAAGAUAAUCACAACCCAACAUGUUGAUAUGAAAAGCUGAUAAGAACCCACACUCACAGACAAUUGAAAGUAAAUACUAUAAAUACAUGUACUCAAAUAAGCCUUUGUUAAAUGGGAAUUAUUAAAUUCCAGUGUAUUAAGAUGAGUGAGGGCAUGUUAAAAACCUUCUGAGGACAAAACUGAAAUUUUCUACUUUUCUCUUUCACUGAUACCCAAAUGUUAUGAAUACCCUGAGUAGGGUACAUUUCUUGCAUUGGAAAACCUUUGAUAUUUAUAGUGGAAACUGGCACAGGCUUCCAAAUACGUGCAUAACCUGUCCUUAGGUGCUACCCUGCACAAAUAUCAGUAUACAAUAACUACAUUGGGGUUUUUCUAGGGGAAAAGGGAAAAGCAUGGCGCUUAUGGGAAAGGGGCUGGGAUGUUAUUAGAAAUUUGAAGUUUAAGGCAAGAUUUUAUUACUGUAGUAAUAUAAAAUUGGAAGUACAGAAAGAAAAUUACAUAUUAUUGGUAUAAUAUACUUGGACUAGUAUUGAAUUUGUAUCCUGUACUUGAAGCACUUGGUAAUGAUGGUAAUGGUGACUAUUUAGAGCAACAGCAAAUUCAAAUUACAUUAGUUAGAUGUUAGCUCAACAAUGAACUUUCUAGACUUUUAUUAAUCUUAAAAUCAUUCUGUUUGCCUGUUAUUCUGUUUCAAGGUUGAAAUUUCUCAAACAUGUGAAGUUCCCAAGAUGAUCAAGUUGUUGAAAACUUUAAAAACAUUUUAGUUGCCAAGCUGGUUUAUCUAAGGAGCUGGUCUGGCAUGAAUGAACCAGCGAAUGCUUACUCUGACUGAUGUUCAAAUUAAACAAAGUGAAAAAAGCCAUUAGCCCGAAAAAUCACAGCAAUGGACCAGACUUGCACACAACUGAAGCAACAAUUCACAGGUAAGUUUGCGUCAAAUCUGUUUUUCAGAGCUUUUGAUCGAUAAAUUUAUUCAUAAUGAUUACUGAUAAAUUGUGAAUAGUAUCAAGUGCCAAUAUCAAGAUACAUAUUCUCUCAACUGUGAUCUGUACAGUUGUUUUUGGAGUUAUAAGGAGUCUUUCAUUUUCGAUCAGAAAAUUGUAUACUUAUCGGUCCCUUUAACCACCUUACCUGAAAUUAAAAUGGAAAACUGUUAGCAUUUGUAUUUCUAACAAUUGCAUUGAAAGCUAAGCUAGAAAACAUGGUAAAUUUAAAAGUUAAAAACAGUUUUCCCAAUGUGAAUUUCAAAACUUAUGGUACUGGUAACUGUAAAUAAGACUAUAUAUCAAAAAGCAGCAUUGAUUCACAAUUCUAAGAGAACCUUUAAAAUUAGUAACUCUGAUUUCUCUCCAGACCUGGAAAACAAAGAGAUCUGAUCCUUACAAAUAUCCUAGAGGAGGGAAGUUCUGUUGAUGAACCACGAAGCUUUGAAAAAGAUGAACAGUAUUUAGAUGAAUGUCUAAAAGUACUUAAUGGCAGUCCUGAAGAAUUGCAGGUAAGCGAGAUGAUAACAACACACGAUCACAGCAAACGAAAAAACAUCCCUUGGACAAUCCAAACCAAAAAGCAUUAAUCUCAGAGUUGUGAACUAUCUGUAUGAUUUACUUUGUGAAUCACCCUUUAGUGCUGGCCUAUUUUUGGCAAGUCCAGGGCUGAGGGGUUCAAGGUUGAGACCUGACCAAGUUGGUUGUGUUGUGUUUUUGGGCAAAACACUUUACUAUCACACUACCUCUCUCCACCUAAGAGUAUAAAUGGGUGCUGACAAAUUGUCAAGGGGGUAACCUUGUGAUGGAUUGGGGGGAGGAGGUAACAAUACUCUUAGUCCCUUCAUGCUAAGGAAAUGGCUGGACGGGCUGCUUGGCUCAAGUAAAGAGCUCACCUUUUUUUUUCUAAUUGUCCUUGUACUAAUCAGCAUCUUAUAUUUUUAUUGGUAGGUGGAGGAAUGUGAUUUGGAGGAAUAUGAUUUUGAUGACUACAAUUCAGUUGCCAGCACAGCAUCACUACUUAACAUUCACGCUGAAUUAGCUCGAGAGGAAAACAAUGCCACCACAAGGAAUCAUAACCAGCCAUCCCAUGCUUUUUCAGCCAAUCAGAGUUCAGCAUCCAAGGCAUUUCAACCUGGGGGAACAGCAACUAAAGAUACUGUUGUCAAUGGCACUGAUGUAGUUAACAGUAGUUCUCCUUCUCAGCUGAGAGAACAGUUACUUAGAUCUGCUAGAAUUUCUAAAGUGCAAGCAUCUAUUUCAAAGGUGAAUAAUUGGGGUAAAUAUGGUGUGUUCAACACAGAUGAAUGGAAAGAACAUCUCCUUGAAGCCGCACAAGCCGGGGAUUUGAGAGGCAUGGUAAGAUAAACCUGUUGUCUUUUGGUUUUGAUUUUUCUGAUUUAUGGCAUUCAACAUAGCUGAUCACUUUAUGAACUUUUGGAAAUUAAAACAAAUGCAAGGUUAAAUUGAAUACCUCUUAGUUUGAUUGGUACUUCCACUGAAUGAUAGAAUGUGAUAGUUGUACUAGUAGUUUAAACCAAGGGAGGUCAAGUUGAACUUUUUUUUUAUAUCAUAUUCUGUUUAUAAAGGACGAAGCUGUGAUAAUAUACUUGACUGUCUUCCACUGUUUUAUCCAACAGCAAGAGGCUUAUAGCAAGCUUGGAGGAACUAGUGAAAUAGUAAUCAGAGUUACAGAUUCAUGUGCAAACACAGCUGUACACAAAGCAGCGCAGGCUGGUAAUAUUGCUUGCCUUCAGUGGCUUGUAGGAGAGCUCCCAAAUGACUGUGUGAGGAACAUUACAAACCAAGAUUACCACACACCUCUGGCUAUAGCAUUGAAGGUUUGAGUUCUAUGUUACUUAAAUCGUCAUGAUAACUGACAUCACAGUUUCACUCUUAACAUUACACAUGUUUGUUCUGUUUCUGACAUGGAAUGAAAAAAGCAGCAGCUAAGUUCAGAAUUAGUGAACUUAACUAUUUGACCUCUAAGUUUGACUACCCAAUUUCUCCUUACAGUUAUAGCCCCUUACACACUUGAAGGUCAUGAGAAUAAAGGAAAUGAUCAUCAUCUAAAGAAACUAUUGAUUUUUUAAUGAAUUCUCCUUAUCAUUUGCUGUAAACAUCAUGCUUAACCCAGCUCUAUACCACCAGAAUAAUUGUCCCUCAAUAAGGUGUGGAAAGGGAGACACCAAAGUAUUAUUGUUAGUACACUGGAUCUCUGUCUCAAAGGUGCAGCUAUGAUCUUUGUCUUUGUGGUAACUGUGUUAUAUUUUACAGCAAGGUGUUUUAAUCUCAAAGUGCCCCUUUCCACCCAAGAAUAUAAAUACCCUAACAUCAAUAUGCAUAUUCUCUAUACUGUUCUGCAAAUAUUUCCCUAGGUGCUUAUGAGGAGAACUUGACUGUCACAGUCAUGAGUGUCUUUAGUCAGUGAUAAUGUCACACAUCCUUGUGACCUUAGUGUUUGAUUCAGGGGUGACAUUGUGAAGACAAAUUUCUCACUCCUAGGGGUUUAAUGGUCAGGUGGCCUGAAAUGAUGGGUAAAACACAAUUUUGUACUUCAUUUUCACAUUUCCACAAACGGAGACACUUACAUGUGUGCCUUGUGCCCUGUUCACACUCAUUUUACUAUUGCUCAAGUGAACACAUUACCUUUACCCCUUAAAAAUGUUCAAGAUGCAAAUGUCAGUUCUCCACACCCUCUCUCGCACAGUUCUCAUAAUUUAAGCUCUGAGAAUUUGCCUCUUAAUUCAACAAUAUCCCUUACUUGAUAUUUUUCUUUCUUCUCUUCACUCUUAACCCUUUGCAUCCUAACAUCAAUAUGAAUAUUCUCCAUACUGUUCUCCAUACGUUUCUUAAGGUUGCAACAAUGAGAAUUUGUUCAACAAUCAGGAUUUGCUUCAGUUGGGGAUCAUUUCCUUUAUUCUUUGACCUUAAUGGUUGAUUCAAGGGUGAUAUUGUUGGGAGAAAUUAGAUGCUAGUCACUUGUAGGGGGUCAAAAGCUUAACUGACAUUGUAAGGAAGAAUUCCCUUCAGUCUUGCCUGUGCAGGCUCAACAACUUUACCUUGAAAUUGAAAGAUAUUUUUAUUUUUGUUUUUUUUAUUAAGCCAUUUACUUAUUUAUUACUCUUCUCUCCUUUUUUUUAGCAUGGAAGUGUUCAAUGUGCACAGUGGUUGCUGGAAAACACUUCCUCUGCUGAUGAAAUGUCUAGUAAUCCUGGCAGAUUAGCACUGAUCCAACUGACGAUUCAAAGUGGACAGGAUGAGUGUCUGAAGUACCUGUUGUCUUACAUAAGUGGCAAAUAUUUAGAGCUUGGUAAAAGGCGUUUUUUUCUGAUAAUAUCUGAUAAUUGAAUUUGUCUAUAAAUAUGUUUACUUAACAGGUGGCUUUUCUUAGCCUCAUUAAUGAGGGUAUAAUUUUCUAUCAUCUAUCUUCUAUCCUCUUUGCCUUUGGAUGUUUUUUCUAAGAGAAAUUUCAAAUGCUUCGGAAUUUGACUAUAGCAAUCAAAUAAGGAAAUCAAGGAGAUGUUGUCAUUUUGUUUCAAUAUGCGAUAGAUGAGUAGUGCGUAUUUUUUUUUGCAUUUCAGUCUCACCUCUCAAAGUGUCCUCUGACUUGUGGGAGUUUGCAUGUAUUGCAAUCUAUAUUAACCAAAAUCUAUAGAAUGCAACUCUAACCUCUUCAGCUUACAUUGAAGGCGUAUUCACGCCAGUCUAACUCUCAAAAUUUCUGCCGACCUUUGCUAAGUGUCUGGCCGCCAUCUUAGAUUGUCAAAUCGGGGGAAGAUUGGGGAGAGGAAACAUUUCAGUUAUGGGGGUGGUUGAUAGGUGAGGUGCUGGACAACAGGUGAACUCGCCCAAGAACCCCUCCCUCCCCUUCAGUUCCCUUGUAUGCCACCAGCUUUCUCCCUUUAUUCUCUGACAUUAUCUUUUACGAUGAAAUAUAAUUUUUUCUGACCUUUUAGCUUGAACACGUUUUCCUUGCAGAUGUGGCUGAUUCAUCUGGUGUCACGCUUGCCCACGUCGCUGCUAGGGAGGGUCACAUGACUUGUCUCCAGACCCUCGUGGAUCACAAUAUUGAUGUCACCACUGCCGAUAAAGAUGGGCGCUCUCCUGCUGAUUACGCUUACGCAGCCGGUCAGACCGGUUGUGCCCGUUACUUGGUAAUGGAAGAAUCGUGUUGGUUACUUUCCCAAAGGGUGGCGAAGUUACACAAAGAACUCAAAGAUUGCAAAGAGGAGAACAAAGACCUCAAAAAGAGGCUGGAAGUAAGUCAUCGCUUUUUGGUAAAUUAUGGUCGAGUUUCAUGUUCUUAAGUUGAGAGUUUUAACAGUGCGGUUGUUAUGCCAACAGGUUCUUGAAAGUCGUGCAAGAUCUGGUAUGCCUGACAGACCAGAGGCUGUAGGAGGAGAUCAGGUACGAUUAAUAUUUUUUUCGGUAAAAUUUCUCACAUAAAGAAAUAAUUUAAACCAAGUAAAUUAAAAGGCUGGCACUGUAUCAGAGAGCUUCUUCAGGGCCGACGCUAUUUACUGAUUAUAGCAUUGGCCCUAAAUAAGCCCUAUAUCGUCCCAUUUAAUAUGUUCUCUGUUGUAGUGCCUACCUGGCAAUUUUAUUUUUUAUUGCAUACGUUACGGUAUAGUCUGGUAAGAGUAUCUCAUCAGAAAGAGAUUCGGCAAAAGGUAGCGACUGAGUGUUACUAGAAUCAUGUUUCUAUUUGGUAUUUACUGGAAAGAACCCAUUGUGAAUUUCUAAAAUACCACGCUUUUAAAACAACGUUAGGAAACCUACAACGGUGUGCGUCUUUUAUCACCAAUAAUACAAAAUUAAUGCGGCCUGUAAAGGGUGUGUUUAGGUUAACUCUCUUAAGGUUGCGCUCGCCUGUAUGAGCCCUGUUCUAGUUUGAGUUUCAGUCUUAAGAUGAAUCCUAUCUUUUAAUUUCUUCUUGUUGUGUUUUUUUUUUCUUUCAGAGCGAUACAAGUAGCACUGGAGCUACGAAACCAAUGGACGAUGAGAUGGCUGCUAAAUCACAAGAUAGCCCACACAGUGAGAGAAGUCGGACCAAUGGUACGCCAGAUGGAGAAAGUCCCAAGGGAUUUGGGCAUGACAGGUGAGCAAAUCAAAUAUAGUACCCAAUCCAUUUGAUUUUUUUUUUUAUAGACUUCAUACUACCCGAAAUAACGGUAGAAACCAGUGCUCACACAUUUCCUUUACAAGCAUCGACGGGGACAAAGCCACCACGCGGAGCUUGGAGUGCUCUCAAACCAAAACAAAACGGAUCACUGCAGUCAAUUAGAACAAAAGAAGACCUAACAAGACCCAACGAGGAUGAAAAACCCUCCGCCGCACAAAUAGCUGACAGUACAUUUAAGUCACCUCCUCUCGAACCAGGUGACGGUGGACUGUAAUGAACUGGUAUCUCGUCUUGAUGUAACUGUCAGUGUUCAGAGGAGUGUUGAAAGUAAUCUGGGAUCACAACUCGGUUCAAUACAUAAUUCACUUCGCUCUGCCAUUCGUCGAGAAAACUUGCGCCACCUUCUCAACCGAUCAGAUGCAAAGGUAUUCGUCGACUUGGGGGGAGUGGGGUGGGGGGGGGACCGUUCGUUCGCUCUGAAGAAGGACUAACGCUCGAAACGGCAGCUUUAGGAACUCUUUACGGUUACCAAUUUACAGUAUUAACUCAGUUGAAAUACCCCUCACUUCCGCAACACUACAGAUUUUUGGAAACCUACCCCGUUCUUUUGUUUAGUUAAGUAAAGAGAUUGCUUUAAGAAGGGAAUAACAGACUGUCUGCUUUUAACUUUAUUUCAUACGGUUUCUUUCUUGUGCCACUUAGAACUGCAUAUCGCUAUCACGUCAACGGAUCAGAUCAAAGCCCUGAACAAUGGCAUCAGCAGCAAAAGCGUAAUACUGAUGGUGCGACAGUCAUGAACAAAGAGGCUAAAGUGAAGAGUGCUCGUCAGUUUGAAGAGUUAAAAAAUCUUAGACAAACGAGUGCAAGGGGAAACAUAGACUCCAGAGGUUCGGGUGUCUCUUCACCAACGUCUAGGUCCGAGACCGCAGUGACAGAUACCUCGGCCAUGCAGUAUGUAAUGGCGUAAGUGUUUUAGAAGAGAGAAAACUUGAGCCAGCGUGAGUAGGUUUGAGAGCGGAGUGAUUGCAGGAGAUUAAAGCUUUUAGUUUCGUUCGAGACUCCUCUAUGAACAAAAUAUGCUCGAUGAUAUCUUCGAAACCUCAAGUAUAUAAAACGAAGAUUUUUCCUAUGGUUUAACGAUACUACUUUUUUCAUUGCAAACUCUCUUAGAAGUCUUCUAAGACCAAACAAAUCUCGUCAACAAAGCUGCGCUAUUUUUUUUUUUGUGUGAAAAAUGAUGAAAGAUACUUGUUUUCGAGCAACACCACAUCAACAUGUGCAACAACGACAAAUUACAAAAAGCUCCUCAGGCGUUAUAUGGGUAAUCCUGACUAAACAUCCAUAUUGCUAAGUAGUCUAAACUUUCGGCGGGGUAUGCAUGGUGGGAGAUAGAUGGUUUUUUAUGUAUUUAUUUAUUCACAUUUUACCUUAGAUAUGUAUAUAAUUAUCUCUUAUUGUAGGAAACAAAUUGCGGCUAACACUCGCAGACUUGUUGUGUCGAAACAUGCUCAAAAGGUGGAGGAAUCAUCGCUGAUCGUGACCAAAUUGACACCUGACAGAGUUGGUGGCUUGUCUUUGGAGCAGCCGAGCAUAAAAGGUAUUUUCCAUGUGCCAAGCAAUAGCUCACACAUGAAUUUCACACCUUUGAAUUUCCUAACUAAUUCCUCCUCAGUUCUUUGUAAAGGUGUGUUGAACACGUUUUAUUUCCCUGGCAUAUGUGCAAUUAGUUGUCGUCCAUUCGUUUGAAGUUCGAGUUUGAGUAAAACACUUUACAUUCAACCUUAAAAAUCAUUCAUUCCGAAGGUUCUAGUCUACAAGUCCUACCAACCGACAAUUAUUAUUCCCCGUCGUCAUCUCGAUCCCAUUCUCCUGCUCGGACAGACUCGACAUCUGGAAGCCGACCAAACUCUGGCACAUAUACUGCGAAAGAAAAGAGUGACGUACAAAUAAGAGCUGUUCAAGACGAGAAAAAAUCUGCAAGUGAAACAGUUAGAGUGGGCACACCUUCAAGGUUACGAUCACUCCCUAAUAGACGUAAAUCUCCUUCGUUUAGUUCUGAGAGCACAGUUACAAGCUCGGACAGUGAUGCUGAACGUAAUGGAGAGCGUAACAACGGACUACGGUCUCGAAGGGGGUACCCCCUGUCGAGUCGAUCGAAAGAGCACAGCAAGAAUUUAACGAAUUCAAGGCAAAUUUUGCAUAGACAAUCCUCCGAGGUUGGGAGCGCAGAGACGAAAACUGUUUCGUGGAAUGAAUCACCGAAUGAGUUCAGUGUAUCUAAUAUGAAGACAGACAUGUCUAAUGAGAAAUCCCGCGAACCGCCUAAACCGCCGGCGCGGACAAGCAGGAUUCCUUUGCGUGGUACUGGUACGAGUGGGUAUGGUCGAGUGAGUCGAAGUCCUUUGUCUAGGAACGGAGUCAUGAAAAGUGUGGAGCAUAUUUCUAUUCCGUCUGUAGUUAUUCAACAACCUGUCCAAUCUGUCCCGGUAGGUUAUGGCACCAUUUGAGAGCUUUAAAUCCUCUUUGUUGGUAUCGUUAUAUUUUAUUUUGUAGCUGCUGCCUGAGGAAACCGUCGCAUAUUUUUAAGGCCGACUCUCACUUUUUCAACCAGCGUGGCAACAUAAGCUUUCAUAGUAGCUUUUACUAGCGUACUCAGAAGCUGUUAGUUUAAAAGACUGGAUAGGUUUGAGGAAGGUGGUUUUAAACUUUAGGACUCUCUCAAACAUGCUUUAAAGGGAACAUGUGUUUGAAGGGAGAAAUGUUCUUGUCUGUUGUCGGUGGAAGUUGCACGGUCGUGUCUCGUGUUAAGUCGUUGUUCAUAUCUUCUUGAUGAGUUUUGUCAAAACCAAGGUCUUUUUUGCGUCAAAAUAACUGAUCAAUUCCUUUUUUACUCUCGAAAUAGGAAAACCUUGGAUGUGAAACGUUACCCUAUUCGUUUGAUGGAUAUCAACAGGACGACAGACCAUGGUAA